AUGAGACUCGCGGACUUCGACUACGGGAGUGAACUCGUCGACGGUGACUUUAUGAACGGAGUGGUGGGAGGGCUGUUCGUAGAUGGGAUCUACAACUGUUGUGCGUUCGACAGUAGUAACUUCACUGACAACAAUGGGAUCUGGAGAGUGGUGACUGUGGUGAUGGUCUUCCGAGAGAUGCUGAUGUUGGUUGUGGAGAUGGACGUGCGGGAUGUGCUCAACAACCUUGUCAAUAACCUUAUGCACGAUUCCAGAAGGGGAAUGGUCGCUGUGGUGGUGGUGGUGGUCGUGGUGGUCGUGGUGGUCGUGGUUGCUGUGGUUGCUGUGGUGGUUGCUGUGGUGGAGGUUGUGGUUGCUGUGCUCCUCGUGUUCGUGGGAGGUGGGGGCGGUGCGAGUGGUGUCCGUGGUGGUGUCUCCCGCCCUCAGAGGAAAGGGAUGAGACAGAAGACCUGUCAGAGAAGAUACCCUCUUCCGAGUGGCGGCGCUCCUCGUCAACGUAAUGUGCUACGUGUUGAGAGGGCUGCUCGUCAUGAUGGUGAUGGUGAACCUCCUCGACUACAUGAGUCGAGUGAUGGUGCACGGGCAUGGGAUUGUGAAGAUGAUGAUUGUUAUUGUGGAAAUUUUGAUUGUGAUGGUGGACAUGAUGUCCCUCAAGAUGAUGUCCCUGUUGUUUCUCCACCUCUACGACUUCGUGAUGAGAAUGAUACUGGACAGGCGGCUCUACCACCCCCCCAGUAUGGUGAUGCUCAAUUGUAG